GGAGGGCGUAUAAAGGGAAAACUCGAAUGAUUAAAGCAUAACAUAAAGAGUUUUGGACAAUUAAUAACUAUCGUGCAAAAUGCAGAAAACUUCAAGGGAAACAGGUAUGGACAAACAGAUACAACCUUCAGUACCCGAUUAUCCAGCUGAAAGAGAGAUUGAUUACGACAUUGCGAUAAUCUAUGACAAAGAAGACUUUCAAGAUGUUUUGGAAUUCAAGGAACACCUUGUAACCGAUGUUCUAGAAUCAAAAGAUAAACAAAACAUUUCAGUUGUAUCAUUUGACACGACAAUGGUGAAGAACAUUAGGGAAGCUCUAACAAAGUCCAGAUUUGCUUUUCUAUUCCUCACUAGAUCCUUUUGUGAAGAGUCCUGGCCUAGACUGUCUCAAGAGAGUGUUGUAAGAAAUGUGUUGUACGGGGAUGAGAGUGGGUGUAUAAUUGUACCUAUCUUUACCGUGAAUAGAAAUGAGUCAACAUUCAAGAUUCCUUUAGGCCUCAACGUCUUAAAAGGACUCCGAUACUGUGAUAGAGACCAAUUUUAUACGGCAUCUGUUAUCAAACUUCUGUUUUAAUUAAAUUUUUCAACAGAUAAUACUUUUUAACAACCGCAGCCGAGUUGAUGAAAUGUAGCUAAGAGUGUAUGCAUUUCCUUUAUAAAUUUCCUAAAUACGUCAAAUACUAGUACUUUGUAGAUUGUUACUUGCACUAUUAAAUCAAUCAUUCUGUGCAUGUUUGUUAUAUAAAUCUUCAUCUGUAAUAUGUAUGUACAACUUACUACACAAAAGUCAGAGCAUUCGCAUGACACUCAUUUUUCAUAUAUUACGCUGUUGAAAACUUGAAAACUAAUGUUUGUGUUAUUUUUAGUAUUAAAAUGUUUAUAAUUAUUCAAUCUUCCUAGAAUGAUGUAAAUGUUUUUGUUUAUAAACGAAUAAAAAGUG